UCAUCUUUGUGGUGGCGAGUAGCAGCUCAACAUGGUGAUCAGAGAGGACAAUCAGACCAACAGACUACAGGAAGCACUCAACCUUUUCAAGAACAUUUGGAACAACAGGUGGCUACGGACCAUUUCGGUAAUCCUCUUCCUGAACAAACAGGACCUGCUCGCUGAGAAGGUUUUGGCAGGGAAAUCUAAAAUCGAGGACUAUUUCCCUGAGUUUGCACGCUACACUACACCUGAUGAUGCAAUACCAGAGCCAGGUGAGGAUCCCCGCGUCACAAGGGCCAAGUACUUCAUUCGGGAUGAGUUUCUGAGGAUCAGCACAGCCAGCGGGGACGGACGGCAUUACUGUUACCCCCAUUUCACCUGCGCCGUCGACACAGAAAACAUCCGCCGCGUCUUCAGUGACUGUCGCGACAUCAUACAGAGGAUGCACCUACGGCAGUACGAGCUCUUAUAAUGGGCAGUGGCGUCCGGCCUACUUAUCUACCUACCAACCUACCUAUCCACCCGCCCCUCCACUUCCUCCAACUUCACCAAACAACCAAGCCCUCCCUCCAUCCUGAUACAACUCCUAUUUCUCCCGGUUACACAACUUCAGAAAUACAGAACAGUGGAAAGACUUUUUUAUGUUUAAAAAAAAGGAAACACAGUAAAGGAUACACCAACAUUAACCAGGACUGACUGCUGUACUUACAGACUGGAAUCCCUCAGUGCAGG